CGCAUCGAUUACAGCGUGUAGCGAUAACGGCCCGUCAGUCACAUAGGACCUUUAUUCCGAUAAAUCUCUGAUAACAAUUCGUGAGAAAAAUGUUCAAAUAAAUUAUUUAAAUAUUAUGCUUAUAUUUAGAAUUUUGGGAAGAAUGUGAAAAUAUGUCCAACUUACGCUCUAACCUCCGCAGGGAAAGGAGAUGUGAAAGUGUGUGCAGAACUGAAAAACGUUACAAAAUAGAGCGUUUCUAAAAGAGAAGUUUCCCAUUACAGCCUUCGCGUUACUGGAUUGUUCUCUCCUGAAGUAUUUUAAAUAUUGCAGAAUAUGUUAGGAGACGGACGCCGUGCAGGACGGCGGCAGCGCUUCCUGACGCGCCUCUCGCCGGGCGCCGACAGAUUACAGCUACAACAGCUAGGUAACAAGUUUUACGAGAAAAGCGGAACCACUACGUGCGGGCAGCACCUGAGCUUCCGAAAAACACUCCUACGUGCGAUCCUAAAGUGUCCAGCUUGCGUUUUUGGACCGUAAACGACGCUCUUAAACAUGGAGGAGAGUGUGGAUGUCAAAGCCUUGAGGGACAGAUUUCACGCGAAGACAGAAAUGACCGACGUCAAAGGUGCUGAAAUCCAAAGACCUCCGCUGCAGAGAUUUCCGAGAGUCAUUCUGCCGCUGGGACCUGACGCUUCUGCAAAUGGAGCUGCCAGACUUAAACCAACACCAGUUCUUCCAUCGAUGGUGCCUGGACCUCGUCUGCCUCCAGUUCACCAGCUCAAGCAACCUGUGGCGGAACCCGAGUCCCAGGGUGCUGCACGGCCGAUCCCACCACUCGGUGUCUUCCCAAGACCGCCUCCUUCCCACCGGAUUGUCUCAGUACCUCAGGAGACCAGAACAUCUCAGCCGGACAGGGAGAGACAGUCAGGGAGAGUCAAAGCUGCCGGGGAACUUCUGCAGAACCUAUCGUUGAAGCAACCACCCAUGCCAGAAGGACUGGUCACCAAGGCAGCACUCCCGACCCCGUCCUCAAUCCGCAGCCAGAAGAGCAUGGCUGAAGUGCCCCCACUACUGCGGACCCUGCCUCCGGAGGGGAUGCGGCCUCUCAAGCCGAAGCGCCCCCCCUACGUCAACCUGGAUGCUUUCCGCAGAGGGCCGGCUGGCCCUCCCCUCCCUAGGCGCUCUACGCGAGAGAAGGCAGAGAGACGCAGUAGCCCGGCCUCUUCUGGGAGAAGCAGCCCCUCUGCUCCACCAAGGCCUCCAUUUAAACCAAGCUCCAUGAGCCAGCAGCACUCUGUCACACACAAUGAGGAUGACCCGGACACGUAUGACGACAUUGACGUUCUUCCCCCACCCCCGCCGCCUCCCCCCAUAAAGUCCUCUUACAAAGACUUUACGCAGGCAGCUGAGGAUAGUGAUGGAGGGGAAAUCUAUGAAACAGCUGAUGAACCUGAAGACAUUACUGAGCCUCCUCCCAUCAAAGAGCGGAUGCCUAAGGAUGUGAGACAGCAGCCUGAGCUGGGAGUGAAGGAACAGAAGGAAAGACAGAAGAAGGAGAACGAGUACCGCAAAAAAUUUAAGCUCCCUAAGGACGUGGAGGUCCUUAACAUAGCCAGGGUCACUCGUGACUACCAGGGCGGGAAGAGCGACCUGUGUGUGCGGCAGGGGGACCGAGUGGAGAUCAUCCAGGUGAAGAACACCCCUGAGGGCAAGUGGCUAGCAAGGACAAUGGCCGGCAACUACGGCUACAUCAGCAACACCUGCGUGGAAGUGGACUAUGAGGAAGUGAAGCGAAGGCUGCUGUGUAAACCCAGCGACAUGGCCUUCCCUGAACCACCCCCUGAGGACGCGAAUGACCUCUAUUACGAUGUGGGCACGUCGGACCAGCUGAACAGCAGUGAAAAUUUGGAUGAAGAUGUGUAUGACGAUGUGGAUCCCUUGUCAGACGUGUUCCCCCCCCCACCACCAGAAAUCAGUCUGGACCUAAAGAAAAGCAAGAAACAGGAGAAGGAAGAAAAAGAAUUUAGAAAAAAGUUUAAGUUUGAAGGACCUGUACAAGUGAAGUAUAAGAUGAUGGUUGACCCAAACACCUCCACGAAGAAGGGAUCCGGAAAGGACCUGACUCUGAAUCCGGGUGAAAUCCUAGAAGUCAUUCAGUUUGUGAACGACAGGAAAGCACUGUGUCGUAAUGGACAGGGGAAAUAUGGGUUUGUGCCAAGAGGGAUCCUGCUGCAAGAAGAAGGGGACAUUUAUGAUGAUGUUGAUAGUAAUAAAGAUGUAUAUGACAACGACCCUAGCACCACCUGAAGAGCUUCCUAUGGAGAGAUACUCCAUGCCUGUGAAUGGAUCUUUAUCCUUACCAUGCAACCUGAGAUUAAUCCCCUUUUAAACAAAGACGUGAAGAAAACUAGAUUAACAUGCAAACUCCAACAGUCCAUACAUGUAAAAAUAUUCAACUAUUUUUUUAUACACUAUGAAAUUUUCAUCUUUUGUAUAGUACAUUGUAGUGCGUGACGGAUAAAAAAAGCGAAUGGGUCAAAUUAAAGUCUAUUUUACUUAUACCUAAUUUAUUUUUAUGCAUUUUUGUUCGUAAUACCCGAAGUUUAGUUGCAUUUUUGAUUUUUCUCCAUCAGUCACACAUAUAUUUGUAAAUGUUAUGUAUGUGUGUUAAAAGCAAUUUCAGUCUGCCAGAAAGUGUUACUCAGUAUUAAAUACAAAAAACAUCCAUCCAUCCAUCCAUUUUUACAAACCACUCAUCCUUCUGGGUCGCGGGGGGUCCGGAGCCUAUUCCGGAAGCUAUGGGCACGAGGCAGGGAACAACCCAGGAUGGGGGGCCAGCCCAACACAGGGCACAGUAUUAAAUACAAAAACAAUUGCUCAUUAAUGAAUGAUGUGACUACUGUAUGUUUGCUUUGAUGUUAUAUUAUUGUAAUAUAACAAUUAAAAAGAGAAUUACUUUAUUUAAA